AUGGCCGACGUUCGCGCAAUGCUGCGCGCCGAACGCGCCGCCCGCAACCCGCCGCCUGCCCGUAAGCCCGCCAAAAACGCUGCCCCGCCCGCCAGCAAAAAUCUCAAACGGAAAGCGGCCGAUGAAGACGAGGAUGACUGGGAUACUUCUGCAAAACGCCCCAGGGGCCCGGGUGGCGAUGCGUUGCCGGAAGGCUUCUUCGACCCCGGCGCACAGCCCGCCGCCGCCGAGUCUAGGUCGAUCGAGCUCACCUCUCGCCCCGCUGCCGCCGAGUCCCUCACUGCCACUGCCGCUGCGCAACCCACCCCUGCGGAACCUGCUCCGAUCGCCACAGCAGCUGCCGUGCAGCCCGAGCCCGAUGGCGUCGACGAAGACGAAUGGGCCGCCUUCGAGCGUGAAGUCGCCGCUGAUCAGCCUCCGCAACCCUUGGCGCUGGCCGCCAUCAAGUCUGCCGCGACAAUUGAGGCGAAGCCCUUGACUGCCGAGGAACUCGCUGCACAGGCCGAGGAUGAGCAGAGCAAACAGCGGAGUAAGCGCGAGGAGGAGUUGGAGGCUGAGAAGGAGGAUGCGGCACGGCACCUGGAGGAAGAGUUUGACGAGAUGGAGGAGCUGGAGCAGAGGGUUCAGAAGCUCCGUGCACAGAGAGAAGCUCUGCGACAGACACGAGGAAAGACUGAGGAGCCUGUUGCCGCACAGCAAGUGCCGAGUAAGGCUGCGGAAGACGAGGAUGAUGAGAGCGACGAUCUGGAUGACGACGAAGACUUUGACGAUUGGAGGUUUAGAGGGUGA